ACACUACAUAAACCUCUUCAAAAAACACAUCCCCAGAAUAAAAAUAAAUAUAACGGCAACUGAAGCUGCAAAACACCAUAAAAUCACGCAAAUUUGUGUCCUAUUUUAAUGAUACCAACUGUAAAGGAACGUCAAGCUGGUGCUUAUGAUUUCAGAAAAUAUUAUGAAAAUCUGUGUGCGCUGCGAAAUUGCUCCCCUCUCUCUGUAAUCACAAGCCAUGUUGAUAACGGGGUUCUUGACAUAAGUGCAGAUAGAAUAAAGACUCAAGAGUGGGAUCCAGUUUUUGAUGCCAUUAAAAUCAAUAAAAGCCUGCAUUUUAUUGCAGUCAGAAGUUUCUAUCAGUAUAAUAGUGUUUCAGACAGUGUAACUUCAACCAAUCGACGACGUCCACCAAUUUUAUUAUCCAGUUCAAAGCUUUUAUUAAAUUUAUGCAAAGCAUUACGUCACUGUGCAUGUGUUACAGAAAAAUUAACAUUUCUAGAAUUGCAAAAUCUUCCGCUCAGUAAAACAGGUUUAUUACAAAUUUGUGAAGGUAUUAGAAAAAAUCGUACAUUGAAACAUUUAUCAUUUGAAGGUUCUUCCAUAAAUGAUGAUGGUCUUGAAGAAAUUUGCCGAGUAUUACGUAAUGUCCCAAAUAUUUCAACUCUCAAUUUAACAUCAUGUAAUUUGUCAAAGGAUGGAAUAUCUUCAUUGACUGUACUUAUCAAUGAUGCCGAUUUCGAUCCCCUGAUAAGUUUACUGAUUCACACUUUUAAAGAGUAUCAUCUUUAAACAAAACAG